AUGAUCCGUUGGAUUUCGCUAGCUCUGAUCGCGGCCGCUUGGGCGACAUUCACCUUAGCCUCCGAUGGAAGGCAAUAUGUCGCGAUAGACCCGACCUCAACGCCUUCGUGUGGACCAUACCAGGAUUUUAACAACUGUGGAACGGCGUGUCCGAUGACCUGCAAAAACUAUUUCAAUCAAGUUAAUGCGACCUGUGCUCCCGUGUGCGUUCCAGGUUGUUUCUGCAAACCCGGCUACAUUCUGAACCAUAAACGCAAAUGUGUACCACCGGCACAGUGGCAUCAUGAAAACGCAGGUGAAAGUAGUUCCCAGGCAGCUCAGAUAGUCGAACACAUCUCAUCCUUCAUCAUGGUCCGAUUGAUUUCGUUGGUCUUUUUCGUGUCCGUUUGGGCCGUUUCGCAUCAAGCCGUUGGCCGACAGCUGGUGGCCACUGCUCCCGUUGCUGCUUAUCUGACGCCAAAGGAAACUCCUUCCUGUGGACCUUUCCAGGAUUAUAGCGACUGCGGAACAGCUUGCCCCAUGACCUGCAAUGAAUAUUUCACCAACCCUGGAGAUAAGGUGUGUCCGGCUGUGUGCGUCGCCGGAUGUUUCUGCAAGCCAGGCUACAUCCUGAACCAUUUGGGCAAAUGCGUGAAACCAAUCAAGUGCGAGAAGACAUGCACCUGCACAUAUCUGUAA